AUGCUUUCACCACAACCUGGAAAAUCUAACAAGAGAAAUCAAGUAUUGGGAGGAGUUCCCAUUACAAGUAUCCCAGAUCUCCGUGUUGUUUGUUAUGGACAAUUUCCCUUAACUCUAGGAGUGGUCACAGUCAAAGAAGAGAAGCUGACUAUGCCGUGUGACCUGGAUGUAUACAGUGCAGAGGAAAUUCCAGCUGAUGCUCUGGGACAACAUGCUGGGGAAAUGUUGUUAGAGUAUGAAUACUCACUAUUUGAGGAGGCAGUCUUUGGAAUUCUAUGUUUUAGGACAAAGUUGAUUUUUACAUUCCUUAAAUUGAGUGAUGAGCAUUUCCAUUCAAUUUUGAAUCAUAAAGACCACUGUGAUAUAUGUGCACGCAGUAUAAUAUACUAUACCAGACCAUAUGACUACCUGAUAAGGGAGCAGAGAGAGGCGAUUCUGGAACUUUUGUUCUGGUUAGGUUUACAAACAUCUUCCAUAUGAUGAAGUUUUGAAUUAAAAAAAUGAAAUUAAAA